GUGAUGUUGUUCUUAAGAAGGCUAGGAGGAUUGGCCUGGCAUGUACUGUUUUCCAGAUUUGGAAACAACGUAAUGCUACCCUUUUCGAUCAAGAACCUAUUCAUGUUGAGGGUAUGAUUUUUAAAAUCAAAGUGAUGGUCUAUUCCAUUUUGGGGAGACUCUGGCAUACGUAUUCCCUCCCCUUUUGAUAGAGUUACCCGCAAGAACAAGGACUUCUUCUGCACCUACAUCGUUAUAUAUUCGGACAUUCCGUUCCGUUUCUGCAUCCAAUCAAGAUCCCCCCUUUCCGCAAUUGUGCUCCGCCCCAACAAAAACGCCACCGCCCGCCGUCGGUUACUUGACCUGCCAUGGCCGGAGGAGCGAUCCCCGCGACGCCGCUGCUGAAAGAUGAGCUGGACAUCGUGAUCCCCACGAUCAGGAAUCUCGAUUUCCUGGAGAUGUGGAGGCCCUUCUUCCAGCCCUACCAUCUGAUCAUCGUCCAGGACGGCGACCCUUCGAAGACCAUCAAAGUCCCGGAGGGAUUCGACUACGAGCUCUACAAUCGCAAUGACAUCAAUCGGAUCCUCGGACCCAAGGCGUCUUGCAUCUCCUUCAAGGACUCUGCUUGCAGGUGCUUUGGGUACAUGGUUUCCAAGAAGAAGUACAUCUUCACCAUUGAUGAUGAUUGCUUUGUAAGUCUUCUGCAAUUGAUUUUGAAUUUUCUGGAUUUUGAUUGAUGAAUUGAUCUGGGAAUUUCAUGCCAUGUGAUUUCUGCAUUGUUUAGAUUUGUGUGUGUGAUUGAUUGUUUGGAUCAUGGGACUAUCUUCAAGAUCUGCUUGUCAGUCUACAUUUUGUUUCAUGUCGGCUCACUUUUCAUUGUUAUUCAAACUUUUUACAGAAAAGUGUUGCCUUUGUUUUAGAUCUUAUGAUGGCCAAAACACUUUUUUUUAAAUCUGAUCUUUUUCACUAUCCCGCAAUUUUAUUGCUUAAAGGUAAUCUAUUAUUGCCCAAGAUUAAACUUUUGAUGGUUUG